GUCUCCCAUGGGCCCGGCUGGAGCUGCGAAGCGACUUUGCAGAGAAUCCCUGUGAGUCCCCAUCUCCCAAGAUGGCUGGCUCAGCUGGUGUUGCGGGGCAGCAUUUCAGAGGGGGCAGACGGCCCACCUGGAAUGGGAUGAGACAGCUUUGAAAACGCGCAUUCGCCUUGGCUAUGAGUGACUCCGCCGUAGACACGCCACAACCAGGGGAUGCGUUGGAGGAGACGCCAGUCGCGGUGCCACCCCAAGGAAAUGGAGGGGCGGCGACUGGCCUCGGAGUCAUCACAGAAGGCGUCGGCGAGCUGGCAGUCAUCGACCCUGAGGUGGCCAAGAAGGCCUGUGAGGAGGUCCUGGAGAAGGUCAAGCUGAUGCACUGCAUCUCGCCCGACGGGUCCAUCCAGUUGAGGGAUGGUGCCAGGAUGAGGGGCGCCCGGCAGGCUGGCCAGAAAUUGCCGAACGGGGAGUGCUGCGAGAUCAAGUGCUUGGACGACCCUCCCAACAAGGUCCAGCAGGAGGAGGACGAGCCUGUGGGCGGCUCUGUGAAGAGCGCCCGGCGACGCCAGAAGAACAACUCGGCCAAACAGUCGUGGCUGCUGCGGCUGUUCGAGUCGAAGCUCUUCGACAUCUCCAUGGCCAUCUCGUACCUCUACAACUCGAAGGAGCCCGGGGUGCAGGCCUACAUCGGCAAUCGGCUCUUCUACUUCCGCAACGAGGAGGUGGACUUCUACCUGCCCCAGCUGCUGAACAUGUACAUCCACAUGGACGAGGACGUCGGGGACGCCAUCAAGCCCUAUGUCGUGCACCGCUGCCGACAGAGCAUCAACUUCUCGCUCCAAUGUGCCCUGCUGCUCGGGGCCUACUCCUCGGACAUGCACAUCUCCACCCAGCGCCACUCCCGUGGGACCAAGCUGCGCAAACUCAUCCUCUCGGAUGAGCUCAAGCCGGCGCAGCGCAAGCGGGAGCUUCCGUCCCUGAGCCCCGCGCCUGACGCGGGGCUCUCCCCUUCCAAAAGGACUCACCAGAGGUCCAAGUCGGACGCCACCGUCAGCGUCAGCCUCAGCAGCAAUCUGAAGCGGACGGCCAGCAACCCCAAAGUGGAGAACGACGACGAGGAAUUGUCAUCGAGUACGGAAAGUCUUGAUAGAUCAUUUUGUUCCCCUGUCCGACUAGCCCCUGAGCGAGAGUUCAUCAAGUCCCUGAUGGCCAUUGGGAAGCGCUUGACCACGCUGCCGACCAAAGAGCAGAAGACACAGCGCCUCAUCUCGGAGCUCUCCCUGCUCAACCACAAGCUGCCGGCCCGCGUCUGGCUCCCCACUGCUGGAUUUGACCACCACGUGGUGCGGGUCCCGCACACCCAGGCUGUGGUGCUGAACUCCAAGGAUAAGGCUCCUUACCUAAUCUAUGUGGAAGUACUUGAAUGUGAAAACUUCGACACCACUAACGUCCCGGCCCGGAUCCCAGAGAACCGCAUGCGCAGCACGCGCUCGGUGGAGAACCUUCCCGAGUGUGGAAUUACGCACGAGCAGCGGGCUAGCAGCUUCACCACUGUUCCCAAUUACGACAAUGACGACGAGGCUUGGUCUGUGGACGACAUUGGGGACCUGCAGGUGGAGCUUCCUGAAGUGCACACCAACAGCUGCGACAAUAUCUCCCAGUUUUCUGUGGACAGCAUCACCAGCCAAGAGAGCAAAGAGCCGGUCUUUAUCGCUGCAGGAGAUAUCAGGAGACGCCUCUCGGAGCAGCUCGCCCACACUCCAACGUCGUUCAGGAGAGACCCCGAGGAUCCGUCUGCCGUUGCCCUGAAGGAGCCAUGGCAGGAGAAAGUCAGGCGGAUCCGGGAGGCCUCUCCCUACGGCCACCUCCCCAACUGGCGCCUCCUGUCCGUGAUCGUGAAAUGCGGCGACGAUCUUCGGCAAGAGCUGCUGGCCUUCCAGGUCCUCAAACAGCUGCAGGCCAUCUGGGAGCAGGAGCGCGUGCCUCUGUGGAUCAAGCCCUACAAAAUCCUUGUCAUCUCCGCUGACAGCGGCAUGAUUGAGCCAGUGGUCAACGCGGUCUCCAUCCACCAGGUGAAGAAGCAGUCUCAGCUCUCGCUGCUGGAUUACUUCCUCCAGGAGCACGGCAACUACACCACCGAGGCCUUCCUGACAGCUCAGCGCAACUUCGUCCAGAGCUGUGCCGGGUACUGCCUGGUCUGCUACCUGCUCCAGGUCAAGGACAGGCACAACGGCAACAUCCUGCUGGAUGCUGAGGGGCGCAUCAUCCACAUCGAUUUCGGGUUCAUCCUCUCCAGCUCACCCCGGAACCUCGGUUUCGAGACGUCAGCCUUCAAGCUCACAACGGAGUUCGUGGACGUGAUGGGCGGCCUGGAUGGGGACAUGUUCAACUACUACAAGAUGCUGAUGCUGCAGGGCCUCAUAGCCGCUCGGAAGCACAUGGACAAGGUCGUGCAAAUCGUGGAGAUCAUGCAGCAAGGCUCGCAGCUGCCCUGCUUCCACGGCUCCAGCACCAUCCGGAACCUGAAGGAGCGCUUCCACAUGAACAUGACGGAGGAGCAGCUGCAGCUGCUGGUGGAGCAGAUGGUGGACGGCAGCAUGCGCUCCAUCACCACGAAGCUGUACGACGGCUUCCAGUACCUCACCAACGGCAUCAUGUGACCGCCGCCGCCGCCGCCGGCCACCGCCUCCCCCCCGCAGCCGAGACCUCGGCGCCCUCCCGGAGCGCGGGAGCAGCCCCCUCCUCCCGAGCGGCCCCGGACCGCAGCGGCUCCCUCACGCCGGGCACCGCUUUUAACCCGACUCUUUUCGACACUGGCGGGAGGUAGCUGUGGGGGAAGCGGGGAGGAGGAGACGAGACGUCCGAACGCUCGCACGCUUGUCAUGCGGACAGCGGAGGAUCAUGUGGACACGCUGCUGAGGUCUGCUUGUGCGAAAGGACAGAGCCUUCGAUUGUGGAUAUCAGAAGAACCAUGUUGCGCACCUGUCUGCCCCCUUCCCUUCUCCCCAGAACUUUUUAUUUCAGUAUUAUUAUACCUGUUUGCAUCUUCUGAACUCUCUUCCAACAAUCUCGUAAACGUUUUAUGGGUCCAGGUGAGAUUGGGGGACGGGGGUGGGGGGGAGAGAGAUUUCCUUCCACAGCAAGGCCAAGAAGUCCUGCUGUCAAGAGCCGCCUCGCCUCUUCCCGAGAUCCCUGUCUCUCUCCCCAGAUGCAGCUGACACGCAUUCAGUUCCUUCCUCCCCUUUUGUUCUUCCUGCCUCCGCCCCAUCCCCUCCGAUACACGUCGUCGUGGUCGUGUGAGCGCGUGUGUGUCCCUCUCUGUCGAGACGAUUAAAUUCCCUACUUGUUCCACCCCAUUUUUUUUCAUUCCUGCACAUUUUAAUGCAAGGGUGAAGCUGCGAGUUGCACAGAUCCGUCUUUCCUUUAAUAUGGCCGGGUGCAGGUUCCUUCCUGCUUCUCGGAGUCCAGUUUUAAUGUCCCUGGGACAUCCCGGGGCCGGGGUUGGUGGGAGGCUGAGAGGCAUCAUGUCUUGCUUUCUGCAGAACUGCCCUGGGUUUUCCUUUCCAGCUCCUGUUGGUCAUUUUUGGUUUUCACGCAACCCACAGUAGUGGGGCAGGCCCGGCUUUGUGGCUGUGUGGGUGGGUGGGGGGUUCAUUCUUGGGCCACAUAAGCAUCGAAACUGCCCCAUGCUGCCGCAGACCAAUCUCCACAGCUGGAGAUGCAAGUGCCGGGUGUCCCGCUCCUUAGCUGUGAAUGUUAAACAUUCUCACUUUCUGAAGUGCUUAGACAAACCGGUUAUUCACUGGUGCAGCUGGGAAGCCCCCCACCCCACCCUCUCAGAUCAGCCUGGUAGAAUAUUCUUCCCGGCUCCCAGCGGAGAGAAACAAAGGAUCCGGACUGAUACCGUGCCCUGCUGUCGUGAGGUCACCCGAGGGCGGCCACCUUCCCCUUUAUUAGCAGAGUUCUGCUUUCCUCGUCGCAGCUUAGACAGUGCCUUCUCCGUCUUUGCUUCUCAUAGCGAGUGUGCUGGAAUCCACCCUCUUCCCUUCCGUGCAGAAGAAAUUCUGGGUGCAGCUUCCCGGAAGCUCGAAUGUCUUGCAGUAUGACUUUCAUAGAGGACUCUACCAUGUCUGUGUGGUGGAGGCCGCACUUUCACCAUCCACCCUUUCCUGAGAAAAGACUUUUGGGUGGUGCUUUUGUUUCACUGAAAAUGGUUCAUUCGGUCCUCUGAAAUCGCACACAGUUUUCUUUGUAUGCGAAAUGAAACGUGCGUCUCCUGAUUUUGGGGGAUGGGGUGGAACGGUACCACAUGUCUGUUGGGGUUUAUGUGUGUGCGUGUGUGACUUGCAGACCUGUUUUCCUCUUUCCUGUCCAAGAUUCCAAUCUUUCUGGAUUUGAUUUUUUUUUCAUGGCAUACAAGGUGUGUAGUUGUGUAGCACUUAAUUCUUGCAACGCUGAAAAAAAAUCUUUUUUUAAACAAAAAAUUCUGGUUGUAUGAGACAAUGUGGGGAAUGGGAAGCGAUGUAGAAAUGGCUGCAUAAAAUGAAAAGCAAGAAGUUGGCACAGGACGUUCUGUAUCUGUGAUUUAUUUUUAUUUUUUUCAUUUUGGUUUUUAAUCAACUGAGCCCUUUAAAAGAAUAUAUUUGCUAACAGAGGUGAAAAUUCUGGUUUGGAUGCUGUUGCGAAACGAUGCUUUGGUGCAGCAUCAACCAAGGAGCCUCCAGAUGAGUCUCGAGCGUUCACCAAGUCUGCAAGAGGAUCUCAGAAGUCUGUCCCACUUCCUGAAGCGUGUCUGUGUGUCCGUCUGUCAGAGAGAACUUGUUGCGAUUGGGCAGGAAGGUCUUCCCUAGAUGAGAACUUUUUCCGCUGGCGGUUCUUGCAGAGCAGCUUGUCCACCUGCGACGAGCUGGGAAAGAUAUUUUGUGAUGGUGUUGUCACUCUUUCCAUUGGGCUUUGUUUGCCACAUUGGCCUCUUGGCGUUCCAGGGAUGGGGGCUACAGAGCCCCCUCCACCUCAGCCACUCUUUCGGGAGAGGGGUGCCGAGAAAGGGAUGGUAUAAUGCUAAGGGCGAUCUGUUGAAUUUCAUCGGAAUAUUUGGCAUAUAAGGAAGUGGGAAACGUUGGCUAGCAAUCUAGCUUGGCCUGGGCAGCGACGGGCCGACUCCAUGAGGAGGGCAUUGUGCUCUGGCCACCCCAGUGCUGGAGUGGUGUGUGCAGAGAGAGAUGAAAGGCCCGUCCCCAAUUCUUCAGGUGGGUUGGCCCGCCCGGUUUGUGCCUUGUUCAGGGCACGGACAUUCAGCAGCAUCCCUCCUGCUCCACCUCCUCGAUUCCUUUUUCCUCGGGCAGAUCUGGCCCCUACCAGAAAUGCACCCGCCACCAGCCUUCACAUGCUCCGAAGCCUCUGGCUGGUAGGAAGAAGGCCUGUAUCACUUUUCCCAGCAACCAAGAAAUGGUCCACGAUCGACCGAGGGUGGCAAGUCCAGAUGCUGAAGGCAGUUGCUGCCACAGCUGCCCAGAAGCUUCUGCCACCAGAGGACUCCUGUGCAGCAGCUUCUGGGCAUCCCAGACAAUUCUUCCCUGUUCUGAUCGUUCGAGCAAAGCCUCUUUUGGGAUCGUUUUGUGGGAUGGGCUGAGCAAGACACCUGGCUUGCGAGCUACAGGAGUGGACUGUCGUUUUGCGGUUGGGCUGAAGUAGGCAAGUCUGCUUGCGGUGGGUGAACUGCUGAAGUCGGGUCUGAGGAACUGGGCAAGCCAUUUCAGAGGGAAGAGAAUUCUUGUUUUAAUUUUAUUAUUAGGAAAUUGCAUAUAUGGUCAUCCGGUCAUGUUAAUGGCUUUCUGGUCUCAUUACUGUGAGUGGUUCCCUUUUUCUAGUGUGUAGUUAAUGGCUCCCAAAUGAUUGUGUGUGUGUGUACGUGUGCGCGCAUCUCGGCUGGAUUCUUCCAUUCCUCCCCACUGUGUAAGGAUGGGCCGAACUCCACAAUAAAAUCUAUGAAAUGAACUUAAA